UUCACCUUCUCUAUACAACGGCUUCAUCCAACAUGGCCAAAUCCUUGAAAGCAUCAUUUCCAAGUGAUGCAUCCUGCGCAAUUAUUAUACUGUUUCUCAUAUUGGUGGGCUCAUCACCAUCGUCGUCACUAAGAAUGAGUAAUUCUCUAGUGAGAAAUAACCAGCUGAAAGACUACCCUUGCGAGGAAAUCUAUGUUGCAAGAGAAGGUGAAACUGUCCACAGUAUCAGCGACAAAUGCGAUGAUCCCUUCAUAAUCGAGCAGAACCCACAUAUUCAUGAUUCCGAUGAUGUUUUUCCUGGUCUUGUCAUCAAGAUUACUCCUAAGCCUAGGAGGGUAUAAUCUUCUUCAUCACUGUACUGGAGAUUGUAGCCUGUAGGGCCUUUUUCUUUUGUUCUUCAGGAGAAAAAUAGAUUAUUGUACACUUUUGUUAUAUUCUAGUUUGUAAAGAGAUAAAAAAAGAAGAAAUUUUAUGGAAAAUUACUAUUUUUCUUAUUGUUUAUAUAUCUAAACAAUUUCUUGAUUGUAUAGUAGAUUCUAAUUAACGUAUGGAUAGAGAAAGGGUGAAGAAAUUCAUUGAUGUGUAUGUGUGCAUAU